GUUUUGGCCAUUCAAAAAGCCUAUCGCCGGAAUGCAGGUGGCGUCCACUUUGAGGAACAACAAUGGCGAGCGAGAAUCGAUAUCGCUUCUCCAAAUUUUGAGGAAAAUGGUUUGUGGUAACUUUACAACUUUUAGCAUUACUUUGGUUUUUCUCCAAUCGAAAUUUCUGAAUUGAAAUAAAGCCUCAGGUAAAUGGGCUUCCUUAGUUUACAUAGUCUAUCUUUUUAUUCAUUCACACACCUCAGAGCCUGUAAAAAUUUCAACUUUGUGGUUUUUUGCAAAUGUUGUUGUGUGAUUUACUUUUUCUGUUGAUUCUUGGGGGUUUUAAGGAACACUGCUAGUUGUGUUUGUGUACAAGGAUCUACAUGACCUACUUCUGACAGAUCAAGCCAUCAGGAGUGAAACAGACAACCAAAGGUGACGUUAUUUUCAUAUUACUCCAUGUCGUUUACCCCCAAAGACACAUAACACGGAAACACAUAAGAUCUAUGUUCAGCUAAACUGAAUUUAGAAACUUUCCAAUCACCCUAACUGAGGUUGGAAGACUCCUUGCUUGUCUCUGGCCGUUCCACCUUCAUGAAAAAUUGGCUUGAAUCUACCAAAAGUAAGUAAUUUUUCUUCCUUGUUUCUGAUCCAUAUCCGAAUACAAUUUCUUCAUAGGUAUGUCAAUUCCAGGAUUAUGGCCGUUACUAUGGACCCCAAGCCAGAGACAUUGCGAGCAAAUGUCAUCCUAAAGUUCAAAAACCUAAAGGUAACAUGACAAUUCGUUGCUAUGCAUUUUUUAAAAUUUAUUCUGACAAGAUAAAAUCCAUUUUCAGGUUUCGACAUCAGAGAAGCGCUGUAUGUUUUGGAAUGGCCUCAGCAAAAGGUAAAAAGACUUAAAUAUAUUAAUGUAUAGUAUUCAUUCCUUUACAUUUAUUGUUGUAUAGUAUUCAUAGCGAAGAUUAAGGCUUUUCCUGUAACACAGCAUGUUGUGGUUUUUAUAGAGGGGAAGUCUGAUUGAAAUGUUCUCGCAACUAAGAUUCUAAUGGAAGAAAAACUUAGCGGAAAAUUGUCAAACAUCACCUCUUCCCCAAACUCUUUGUUAACUUUACUUUUUUUUUUCAUGUCUAACAGCUUUGCAGAAAAAGGAUGCCAUAUAGUUGCAUCAAAAAGCAACUCAGAAGAAACAGUUUGCAGCUGCAAUCAUUUGACGCAUUUUGCCGUCUUAAUGGACUACGACGGCAGCACAAAGGUAAUAAAGUUAUUUUUGCCUUACUUAGUAAUUUUUAUGGGCUCAGUUUACUAACUCGAUGCUGUCGUUUAAUUUUUCUUUUUUGGACACAGCUCACCGAGGAGGACAAAACAAUUCUGAAAAUUAUCACCUACGUGGGACUGAGCCUUUCCAUCGUCGGGAUACUUUUAACAUUAAUACUUUAUUCUUGCCUCACGUAAGUGAUGUACUUGAAUAAUAAUGAGGUAGAUUCUUAACUCUUCUCAACAAGGCUGGUAAGAAAAGAGAUUUCAAUGCCAAUCUCCAUGCAAACAAGAACAGUUAUGUCGGAUAAUUCAAAAACUCAAGCUACAUGCCCCCACGUUUGACCAACUCAUGCCUUCAAUGUGUUGAUGUUGUUGUCGUUGUUGCUUUUGUAUAAUUCAUUAUUUCUUUUUUUUUUUACGAUUAUUUCAUUAGAGAUGUUUGUCAACCUCUCUCUCAAAUUCGACUGAGUGUUUCUGUGUCACUUGGAGCUGGACAGAUCAUCUUCCUCGCCGGAAUAAACGCCACAGAAAACAAAGUCAGUGGCCUCUUCUUCUGUCUAUAGAAUGAGUUUACUCUUUGCACCGUAAAUAUCUUGUCGAAAGGAUCACGGUAAGAAGUAUACGAAAACUUUUUCUUUUCACAGGCUGCCUGUGUUACAGUAGCAGUUCUGAUGCAGUAUUUCUUCAUGGCCGCUUUCUGUUGGAUGCUGAUCGAGGGAAUUUAUCUCUACUUCUUCGUUGUGAAAGUUUACAACAUUAACACCAAGAUGUACAUGUAUCAUGUCAUCUCAUGGGGUGAGUUUUGUAUUUUAAAACAUGCACUGGUAACUGUAACCAUGCUUUCGGAUCGCUAAAUCUGGUGUUGUUAUGCCGUAAAGUGUUCGAUUUCCUUCCUCUCUUUAUGGGUAGGUCUUCCAGUGAUCAUGGUGGCAACUUCACUUGGCAUCGCUGCUGGAAAAGAAGGGUUACAAAGCUAUACGAGUGAUAAAUAGUAAGAAAAAAAUCGACGGUUUGUUCUUGCUCUUCUCCUUUUAAUUCGUGGCAAAUAAUUCUUUGUUUUGUUUUUGCAUAUAGUUUGAAAUCGGUAUCAUUUCAUUUGCUGAGGUGUGUCAUUUGCAGAUUUGUGUGUCUUUCUUGUGUCUCAUUUCUUCGAGUUUAGUUGCUGGCUUUCCUCGACUAACAACCUGAUCUGGAUAUUCGUCGCCUUCGUGGCUUUCAUUGAAGUUGUGAGUUUAUGAUUUGUGUUGGUGAUUGUGAUUGGUAUACCUGGACUACUUGCUGCUAGGCAUUUUUUUCUCUGCUCUUUAAAAAACGAAUAAAAUACUUAUGACAUCACCCCACACAAUAUUUACCAUUUUCCUUUUCCUAUUUACUCAUAACAAACUCUGGACAUAAGUGCUGUUUACGAGGAUGCUGGUCAAUUUUAACUUAGUGAUGGCCUUCAAUAGCGAGAAAAACCACUUGAGACAAGCAAAAGAUAGCUUCAUAAACUCUCCAACUUUUAUUACAUAGUAUGAGAAAAAAGAUCCUUGCCCUUCCUUGUUGAUGUUUUCUCACUGUUUCGCAUUGAUAUACCAAGAUAUGUUUUCGAGCAAAAAUAACUCUUGAAAAACAUUGAUCAAGAUGAGAGGAGCAGGAAGACUAGGAGAUAUCAAAUUUAUGUAAUUUAACAUAAGGAUUCACUUUGCAUCUUUCACUCAGUUCAGACACUUUAGUUCGCGAUUUCUUUAGCUCAUUGUCAGAGAAUCGAAGCUCAUAAUCUAGGUCCCUCGGUUGGAAGUUCUAUUCCCUGUAAAUGACUCUUCAUCUCACGCUUAUUACCAAGCUAGUAACGUCUUUGGCAAGGAUCCUCUCCUACUUUAGCUAUGCGAUAACCAUAUCUAAAUAAUCAAUUUAUUUCUAUUGUAUUCUUCAGCUCAACAUCAUGAUACUCGCACGAGUCAUAAAGGAGAUGACCAAUUUGUUGCAGCCAAUGGGGGAAGACGACCAUUCUCAGCAAAUACGGUAACAUUCCCAACAUAAAACUAAAGCAAUAUAGUGGAAGAGGUUGCCUUGUCCUCCUGUGAGGCUUUAUUUGCCUAACCUCCUCAUUGUUUAAUCAGUAAGGCCUUACGAUGUCUAAAAAAUGAAAAUUUAUCGUCAAAGGAAAAUAAAGGAAUGUUUUCUUUUUAACUCUUAGAAUUGGCAUCAAAACAUGCGUGGUGAUGAUUCCCCUGCUGGGCGUCACGUGGCUAUUCGGUCUCCUCUCGCCUGUACAUAAAGCUUUCGUUUACAUCUUCACCAUACUUAACUCUGCUCAGGUCAGUGCUCGAUGGUAAUUGUCAAAAAUCAUUCGAUCUCUAUCCUUAUUUUACUUUAUAACCAAGUGAGACACCCUUACAAUGGUCACAUCAUAUUUAUUGGAAUUUUGCAAACAAAAAUGCCGUUAACUAUGCAAGAGAAGACAGACUUCUCUUUUAAUUAUAAGAUAUGCAAUUUUCUCUCGUUCUUGUAAAUCUUAAUAGAUAUUUGACUAAUUUGUUUGCAUAUUGUAAAGUUCAAUGAUCUUGAAAUCAUUUUUAUGCUGCAGGGUUUCCUGAUUUUCGUUCUUCACUGCAUGCGAAACACCCAGGUAAGAUAUCAAACUGAUUGUUAACUGCAUAUCAUCAAUUUUUAGUGUUUCGAUGGAUAUCCGAGUACUUGAGCAAAGAACCGUAUUUCGUGUUGUUCGUCUAUCUGCAGAUCAGAGAGCGUCUCAAAAGAAAGAGGAAUAUGGUUUUUUCAUCUUCUAUAGAGAACAACUCCACAAGGAAGAGCUCACAGGUCAAUCCGAGUGAGGUUGGGGAUGUAUGGGCAGUUGAAUUGCAAUCCUGUGCUGAGUUUGAAUAG